GCAUGCAGCUUUUGUUUUACAAAUAUAAAAUUUAAAUAUCGUAGCGCCAUCUAGCAGUCAAAUGUGAAGCAACAGCUGUAUGAUAGCAUGUAAACAACAGAAAAAUAUAAAUGUUUUACCACUAGAGAUGUUAAACAAUAUUUCUUCUCUUUUAGGAGUUGGUUUGCUUUGGGGCGCAACUAACCCUUUCAUUCGUCUUGGCAGCGCAGGCAUAGACACGGUCGAUACCGGUUCACGAUGGCGCAAUCUUUGGUUGGAGCUUUGUAUGAUAGGCUCAAGACUUAAUUACUGGAUACCUUUCACCUUAAACCAAUUAGGCAGUGUACUUUAUGUGUGGACCCUGCAACAUACUAAUAUAACCGUAGCUGUGCCCAUUGCAAAUUCACUAAGUUUCGCUUUUACUGCUGUGACAGGUUAUUGUUUAGGCGAAAGAUUACCCGGAAAAUCGGUACUAAUUGGCACUUUAAUGGUGUGCUUCGGCAGUUCGUUGAUGUUGUAUGACAGAUUGCGUAGUGAACAAAAAGCUUAAAUGUUGUAUUUCCGCCCCGCUUGAUAUGUAUUAAUAAAAGUAUUUCAUUAGAUUGUAGCAAUCUAACAACUAA